CGGGGUGGGUACGCCUGCGCCCGUCCCAGCGGUGCAUGCCGGGCGUUCUGCCCGCCGUGACGCUGCACAUCGCACCCGGCACCGCCACCGGGGCCCGCAGCCAUGGCGGGCGUGAAGGUGAUCGCUAACGACGCUGAAUUCCAGCCCGAGCUGAGCGCCGCCGGCUCCCGCCUGGCCGUGGUGAAGUUCACCAUGAGGGGGUGUGGCCCUUGCUUGAGGAUCGCGCCCGCCUUCAACGCCCUGAGCAACAAAUACCCCCAGGCAACAUUCCUGGAGGUGGAUGUGCACCAGUGCCAGGGCACGGCUGCCACCAACAACAUCUCGGCAACCCCCACGUUCUUGUUUUUCCGGAACAAAGUGCGGAUUGACCAGUACCAGGGAGCAGAUGCCGUGGGCUUGGAAGACAAAAUCAAACAGCACCUGGAGAAUGAUCCCGGGAACAGCGAAGACACAGACAUCCCCAAAGGAUAUGUGUGUAUCUCCCCAGAGGUUUAUUGGAAUGCUUGUAUGGAUCUGCUGCCAUUCAUCAACAAGGCUGGCUGCGAGUGCCUCAACGAGAGCGACGAGCACGGCUUCGAGAACUGCUUGAGGAAAGAUUUUUCCUACCUGGAGUCUGACUGUGACGAGCAGCUCCUUAUCACGGUAGCUUUUAGUCAGCCUGUCAAGCUUUAUUCUAUGAAACUUCAGGGGCCAGACAAUGGGCAAGGGCCCAAAUACAUCAAGAUCUUCAUCAACCUCCCACGCUCGAUGGACUUUGAGGAAGCAGAACGCAGCGAACCCACCCAGGCCCUGGAGCUGGGCCCGGAUGACAUUAAGGAAGAUGGGAUCAUCCAGCUCCGCUACGUCAAAUUCCAGAACGUCAACAGUGUCACUUUGUUUGUCCAGUCCAAUCAUGGUGACGAAGAGACAACACGAAUCACAUAUUUCACAUUUAUUGGUACUCCAGUGCAGGCCACCAAUAUGAACGACUUCAAACGAGUAGUUGGCAAAAAAGGAGAGAGCCACUAGGAAGUGAAGCCACUGGAAGGCCUUAUCCCAAUCCAGGGUUCCCACUUUUCUCUGAUUCCUGCAUAAUUGCUUGACCAUAACCAGAGACUGUUUGAUUUCCUGCCUUUUCCAAUAAAUCAUUGCUUUCAGCUGGAGUGUGUUCCUGGUCUCCUCCUCCUCCUCCUCCAUGGAGUUGUAAAUAAAGUUCCGGACUUCUGCCAAGUUGAA